GUGGUUUUGAUAAGCGCUUAAAGGAAAAUGUUGAGUACUUGGAGGAGCUCAGAAGUUUAGCGGAAAGGGAAGGAGUGUCUAGUCAGGUGUCAGUCAGAAAUAUGCUUCAUCAGAGGCGAAAGAGUGAUCGUGAAGCUGUUUCUGAGGAUGAUUGCCUGCGUGCUAUAAGUAAGUUGAAGGUAUUGGGUAAUGGUUUUGAUGUGAUUUCUGUUGGAAAGCGAAAGCUUGUUCGUUCUGUUCCGACUGAGUUGAACAAAGACCAUAAUGAAAUUUUAGAGCUAGCCCAGGCUCAAGGAUUUGUGAUUGUUGAUGAGGUAGAGAGACGGUUAUCUUGGACCACUGGCUGUGCAAUUGAUGCAUUCGACACUUUACUAGAUGAGGGUCUUGCAAUGAUUGAUGAUGGCCACAAAGAUGGUAUUC